GCCGGAGUAGACAACGAGCUGGCAAAUACCCAAGCUUGACAGACUGUUCAAUUUCACACACUCAAUCUCCCUCCAUUCUCUUCAAAUUCAACCAAAUUUCCCAUUUCAAUCCAUUCUUUUCCUCUCUCUCUAUCAAAAUUUCCGAAAUUUUCCUUUUCUCUCUCUAAAUCUAUUUGCUGCUUCGACAUGGCGGAGGAAACCAAGAAGACGGUUCCUCAGGCGGCCGAGGAGGUGGUAUCUGACGUGCCGGUGGAGAAGGAGGUAUCCCCGCAGCCGGAGCCGGAGAAAGCGGCGGAGGAAGGAGAAAAGGAGAAGGAGAAAGAUGAAGAAGCGGCGGCGGAGGAGAAAGUUGCCGAAUCCGCUUCCUUCAAAGAGGAGAGCAACAAAGUCGAUGACCUCGUCGAUCCGGAGAAGAAAGCUCUCGACGAAUUCAAGCUCCUGAUUCAACAAGCCCUCAACAACCACGAGUUCACCGCUCCUCCGCCGGCGAAGGACGAGGAUAAGAAGAAGGAAGAACCAGAAACAGAGACAAAAUCCAAAGACGGAGAAGAGCCCAAAACUGAAGAGAAAAAGGAAGAAGAACUAAAAAUCGAAUCUUGCGAUGCCCCACCUGCUGAAACUCCGGUGGAGGCGGCUGCAACGGAGGAGCCGGCGGUGGAGAAGAAGGUGGAAGAGGUCAAAAUCGAAUCUUGCGACGCCCCACCUGCUGAAACUCCGGCGGCGGCUGCGGAGGAGCCGCCGGUGGAGAAGAAGGUGGAAGAAGCAAAAAUCGAAUCUUCAGAGGCUGUGGAAGAGAUCAAAGAGACCAUAGUUCAUGAAGUGACGCCCCCAUGUGAGGAGCCCGCCGCCGCCCCUGCAGCGGAGGAAGAUGCCCCCCCUCCUCCCUCGCCGGAGAAGGUUUCCAUCUGGGGUGUCCCCCUCCUCGCCGACGAGAGGAGCGACGUCAUCCUCCUCAAAUUCUUGAGGGCUCGUGAUUUCAAAGUGAAGGAGGCUUUUACCAUGCUGAAAAGCGUGGUGGCGUGGAGGAAGGAAUUCAAGAUCGAUUCUUUAGUGGAGGAGGAGGAGUCCGCCAUUGUUGAAGGGCUUGAAAAAGUUGUGUUCUUGCAUGGCGCUGACAAAGAGGGCCACCCCAUUUGCUACAAUGCCUUUGGGGCUUUCCAAGACAAGGAGCUGUAUAACAACACCUUUGGUGAUGCUGAGAAAAGGGGUAAAUUCUUGAGGUGGUAUAUUCUCUUGUUGGAGAAGAAUAUUAGGAAAUUUGAUUUCAGCCCUGAUAGCAUUUGCACCAUUGUUCAAAUCACUGAUCUCAAGAAUAUGCCUGGCUUGAUUCUCUUCAAGAAAGAUUUCAGACAGGCUACUAAUGAGGCUCUUCAGCUUCUCCAGGAUAACUACCCUGAGUUUGUUGCCAAACAGGUGUUCAUCAAUGUUCCAUGGUGGUAUGUGGCUUACAAUAGGUUGAUCAGUCCAUUCUUGACUCAAAGAACCAAGAGCAAGUUUGUGUUUGCUGGCCCUACCAAGACUGCUGAGACCCUCUUUAAAUACAUAGCACCUGAGCAUGUCCCAGUUCAAUAUGGUGGCCUAAGCAAGGAUGGUGAGACAGAAUUCACCACUGCUGAUUCUGCAACAGAGGAAACCAUCAAGCCGGCGGGCAAGCACACUGUUGAGCUCCCCGUCACUGAGGCUUGCACACUGGUGUGGGAGGUGAGGGUGGUGGGGUGGGAAGUCUGCUAUGGGGCGGAGUUCGUGCCCUCGGCUGAAGGGGGGUAUACGUGGGUCGUGCAAAAGUCAAGGAAGAUCGGGCCCGGGGACGAGCAGGUCGUCGGGUGCAGCUUCAAGAUUGGUGAGACUGGCAAAGUUGUGCUCACAUUUGACAACCAAACAUCCAAGAAGAAGAAGCUUCUUUACAGGUUCAAGACUAAGCCCUCUGAAUGAAUGGAAAUGGAAACAUAAAAUUAUUCUUUUUUACUUGAUUUAUGUUUUUAAAAAAAAGAAGAAACUUGGAAAAUGUUGUUGAUUCUAUAUUUGUUGGUUGGUUGGUAUUAUAAAUUGAAGUGUUUUUAUUGUUGGAUUGUGGUGUAACAAAAUUUGGGAUGCAAGUACAUAUGGUGAAUGCGAAACAGAAAUAUUUAUUA